CCUCACACAACCUUCAGACACAGGGUCACGAUCCUGUCACGACGACGACGACGACAACGACGACGACCACUGCCCGCAAGUUGCAACAACCUGAACAACACCAGCGGCAGCAUCAACACCACCGCUCGCCGCCCUUUACUAGUGUACCAGUUCCAGCUCCUCACCAAAACGGCACUUGAGUCUCGAGGUACCAUCCCGAGUACACCGGCUAUGCCACGACGGCCGGCGGUUGCGAUGACCAUGCCGCAAUGCAGCCUGCGCGUCCUCUCCUCAUCCUUCUGCACAUCGUGACCUACCGUACGGAUACGCAAUACGCAGUUAAGGUCCUGUACUGCACACCGCACCGUCCGCACCUCACCGCACCGCACGUACAAUACUUCGUACACGCGCGCUAUACCAUACGAGACCGAGACGAAGAAAAACAACCUGCUCAGUACCCCGUUUCCCUCUUAAUUGGGCAUAUGCCGCGAAUAUGUCGACCACAAAUAGUAACACCCUCUUCCUUGUUGCGAGCCACCCGACCCAGCGUGACGGUGUCAACUUUGUCGAGGUCUCGGGAGGGAUCAAUGGUUUGUUUUCUGAGUCAAGUUACCUUACUUUUCAAAACAGCCUUCGGCGAUGCCAUGCCACGCCAUCCCAAGCCCCAUACUAUGCGGCGCUCUGCCACGCGCGCAACACGAGUAUCCAUCCUUACCUUCAACAGUAAUACCAUACUCCGUAGAAAGAGAAAGAGGACCGAAUUCUCUAAAGUUCCUCCUCCUCAUCAGUCAUGAACAAGAUCCACCGACCAUGUGCCGUGGCCGAAACCAA